CCAUCAGCGGCAACAUCAUGGAGGACGCCAGGAUCGGCACCUUCGACGCCGCCGGCGCGUACCCGACGAAGCUGCCGAGCCCGAGGAUGCUGGCCGCCGAGCGGGAGCUCCACUCUCCCCGGCGCGAGCCGCCGUCGGGGUUCCGGAAGAGCCUCAACCCGAUCUACGCCGACGCCCACGACGCCACGGCGGCAAGCGGCUCUUCUUCCACCACGACUACGGCGACAUCGAACUCGUCGCGGCGGCACACCGGCGGCGGGGACGGCCGGUGGGAGGCCGUCCGCGCCGCAGAGCCGCCGCUGAGCCUGGGCCACUUCCGCCUCCUCCGGCGCCUCGGCUACGGCGACAUCGGCAGCGUGUACCUCGUCGAGCUCCGCGCGGGCGCCGGCCGCGGCGCGCUCUUCGCCAUGAAGGUCAUGGACAAGGGCUCCCUCGCCGGCCGGAACAAGCUGGCCCGCGCGCAGACGGAGCGCGAGAUCCUCGCCCUGCUCAACCACCCCUUCCUCCCCACGCUCUAUUCCCACUUCGAGACCGACAAGUUCUGCUGCCUCCUCAUGGAGUACUGCUGCGGCGGCAACCUCCACUCGCUCAGGCAGAAGCAGCCCAACAAGAGAUUCACAGAGGACGCGGCCAGGUUCUACGCGUCCGAAGUGCUGCUUGCGCUGGAGUACCUGCACAUGCUGGGCGUGGUGUACCGGGACCUGAAACCCGAAAACGUGCUGGUCAGGGAGGAAGGCCACAUCAUGCUCUCCGACUUCGACCUCUCCCUGCGGUGCUCCGUCAGCCCGGCGCUCGUCCGCUCCCCGUCCGGCCGUGUCGGCACCGGCGGCGGCCUCGCCCACGUCUGCAUGCUCCCGCGCAUCCUGCCGGCCAAGAAGAGCAAGAAGAAGAAGAACAAGGGGGACAAGGACAAGGCCAAGCUGGACGAGCCGCCGUUCACGGCCGAGCCGACGGGCGCGCGGUCGAUGUCGUUCGUGGGCACGCACGAGUAUCUGGCGCCCGAGAUCAUCCGCGGCGAGGGCCACGGCAGCGCCGUCGACUGGUGGACCUUCGGCGUGUUCCUGUACGAGCUCCUGCACGGCGCCACGCCGUUCAAGGGCUCCGGCAACCGCGCCACUCUCUUCAACGUCGUCGCGCAGCCGCUGCGGUUCCCCGACGCGCCGGCGGUUAGCGCCGCCGCCAGGGACCUCAUCCGCGGCCUGCUGGCCAAGGAGCCGCAGAACAGGCUCGCGUACCGGCGCGGCGCGGCCGAGGUGAAGCAGCACCCCUUCUUCGACGGCGUCAACUGGGCGCUCGUCAGGAGCGCCCAGCCGCCCUACAUCCCCGACUCCGCCGUCGACCACUGCUCCCAGCUCACCAGCGACAUCGUGGGCACGGCGGCGGCGGCGCCGGGCGGCACGCCCAAGAGCGCCGGCCGGAAGACCAGCUCGCGUCACACUGAUUCGUCGCAUGUUGAUUUUGAGUACUUUUAGGAUGUCAUCAAAAGUGAUGAUCUCGCUCCAUUUGUAUCUCACAUUCUCACUAUCUUGUGCUUGGCUUGCUAGUUGCGUGUCCUGAAUCAAGAUUUAUGUAUUCCUAGUGAAGUACAUUAAAAAAGCAAAUUUAUUUGGCUGUCUUUCGUCAGUUCUGCAAA